UCAGAGAAACCGAGCUGGUGCCGACUAAUGACCCUCACCGUGCUGCUGCACCUAAACUCUCCGUCUUACCUUUUCUGAGACAUCUUUCCAACAACAUUUCCUCUCGUCUUCAAGUUCCCCCUCGCUGCUGUCUGACAGAAACGUCACAGGAAUGUAAACUGUGUUGUGAAUGCUCAGGGAACCGUAGUGUUGCUCCUAAUGAUGUUACCCCGCGCGCAUUAACUGAGUACAUGGCUAACGUUAAUGCAACAAACAUGUCGUCCCGCUGAGAAAACUACUGCUGCUGUCCUGCGUUCAAGUUUUCAGGUGUGGUGGUGAGCCAAUGGAGAAGCCAUCGUCUUCAGGCAGAGCAGCGCUGGAGGAGAGAAAAGGCCUGGUGGAGGAUGGUGCAGUGCUGAGAGGUGCUGAGGGUGGAGAGGCGAAUCCUCAGACCCCGAGGAAGAGCAGCUCCUCUCGCUCCUCCCGCAAGAGCUUCCGCUUGGACUACCGGCUGGAGGAGGAAGUGACAAAGUCCUGUCGGGACAAACAUGGCCGCUGGACCAACCCCUGGCCCACAUGGCGGUUCCCUUCUUACACCACCCUGCUCAGAUUCCUGCUGUUGGACAAAAAUAACAGCAACAUACCAACUAGUAAAGAGGCUCUGGACAGUGAGCUACCAGUGAUGGAACCGUACUUUGUCAAGAACCCAGACCUCUCUGAAUCUGGUCCGGGUCUGAGAGUCACCUGGCUGGGUCACGCCACAGUUCUGGUUGAAAUGGACGGGGUGAAUAUUCUGACAGACCCAAUUUUCAGCCAGAGAGCCUCACCGUUCCAGUUCAUGGGGCCCAAAAGAUACAGAGGGCCCCCCUGCACUGUGGAACAGCUGCCCAGGAUUGAUGCAGUCGUCAUCAGUCAUUCUCAUUACGACCAUCUGGAUACUGGAUCAGUGGCCAGCCUUAAUGAACGCUUUGGAGGGGAGCUACGCUGGUUCGUGCCCCUGGGUUUGAUGGACUGGCUGGUGAAGAUGGGCUGUGAGAAUGUGAUGGAGCUGGAUUGGUGGGAGGAGAACUGUGUGCCGGGUCAUGAUGACGUCACAUUUGUGUGCACACCCUCUCAGCACUGGAGCAAACGCACCGCACUGGACGAUAACAAGUCUUUGUGGGGCAGCUGGUCUGUUUUGGGUCCCGAUCAUCGCUUCUUCUUCGCUGGUGAUACCGGCUACUGCUCUUCCUUCCAGGAGAUCGGACGACGCUUCGGACCAUUUGACCUCGCUGCAAUCCCCAUCGGAGCUUACCUGCCCAGGGACAUGAUGCAGGGGCAGCAUGUAGAUCCAGAGGAAGCUGUCCUGAUCCACCAAGACCUUCAGGCCAAACAGUCGGUGGCCAUUCACUGGGGAACCUUCGCGCUCGCCUACGAGUACUACCUGGAGCCGCCGGUCCGUCUCAGAGAGGCCCUGGAGCAGAAAGGACUGAAGCCAGAGGUCUUCUUCACUCUGCAUCACGGGGAGUCUCGCCUUAUAGCGUCACAGGACGGAGACGUCUUUGACUGAUCCUGUCUGCAGCACGUCUGUAACAAAGAGCAGAACAUUUUGUUUCUUACUCUGACGGACUUCAGUAAUUAAAGUUUGAAAUGCAUAUUAUGUAUGCAGAUUAAAAUGUUCCACAGUACUGUUUACAUACUGAAUGUCUGCGCCGUGCCAUUAUCUCAUGGUGGGCAGUACUACCUACAGGAGCUGUCACUUAACUGUAAAAUAAAAUGUGUAAUUCUUUCAGGCAAAAAUCAGCUCCUCAUAAGAAACAUUUAAAUAUGCAGCUCAAGUCACUAAUAACAUUUGUAUCAGUGUAACAGAAAACAGUACAGGUCAACUCUUUUUUAGUUCUAUAGAGCAGUGGUCCAACCUUUCUCCUCAAGGGACCUCUUUUCUGUUAGUGAGUAAAUUGACGACCCCUGACCGAGUGACAUUUUAUGGGUAUUUCAUACUGUAUUCAAUUCAUAACAUUAAUAGUACAGAACAACUGAAACUGCACAAGUAACCCAAGUAGUGAACACAGCAACGACAGGAAGUGAUUUGGGUGAAUAUUCAGCAGAUCAUUUCCUGUGAAAGUACAUUUCUGAUUCAGUGUUUUCUCCCUGAUGCUUGGCCAUUGUUCCGUCAGCUCUUCUGUUUUAAAUGCUACUUUUGUAAUUAGGAGAAGGCUGUUUCGCAGAGAGAGAAGGCUCUGUCAAUACAGUGUGUGUUCAGCUCUUCACUGUGCCCUUAUCCUGUCAGAUUCUUUUUUUAAAAUCUGUAGCGCCUGCAGGCAACAAACUAAAAGUCAUUGAGAGGUUGAAGCCGGGCCUGGUUAACUUUUCUGACACGCCAACAAGGGAUUCACUGAGAUCCAGAAAUAGGUGAAAUAAAUUUAUAAAUGAAGAGUAAUCAAGUUAUUAUAACGUGCGCAAACUUCGAAUCAAAAUGAUCACAGCCAACAAAGAAAAGUGUGGUCAACAACAAAUAUGGCGGCCCACUCAUCCUCUCUCCAACGAAAAUUGAAAAAAAAAACAUAGAUGGAGAUGGUGAUAUAGAUUGAGUGUCACCGCCCAUAUCCAUGUGACCCGAUGCUCCCAAUAACUGCAAUACAAAAAUAUAAACCAUCCCAAAACUAAUCACUCCUACAAAAUCCACUUCUUUCUAAAUUAAUUAAUAGCUCCUGCAAAGUCUAUUGUAAAUAAUAAUCCAAUUUCAAAAGUCAAAAAUAUUCAGUAGGACAAUAUCUCAGCAUUUUAUUCACUGGUAAUAAGAAAACUAAAUUAAAUUAUUUUUAAAUUAAGAUUAUUAUACAAGAUAUCAGCUUAUUCUGACAGGAUACACACACAGUGAAGACCUGAAGUCUCAGAAAGAAGAAAAUGAAUUAGAAUUUGUCAAAAGAAAGCUAUUGAGUAUAUGUGAUUGUUUAAAAGAAAUACACGAUUGCAGAUAAAGCUCCUUAAAAUAUCAGGUAAAUUCAUCUGAUGCAGUAUUCAUAGUAAUUAAUCUGUUUUGUUUUGAUUUACAUAAACUUCCUGAUACAUUUUGUAGUACAUUUUUAUUUAAUUCUCUUUCUGUAUUAUGUUUUUUUUUUUGGACAGAUUCAAUGUUUUCUUCUCCCUGAUGCUUGGCCAUUGUUCUAUCAGCUCUUUGGUUGUUUUAACUGCUGCUUUUCUGAUGCAGGACAAGGCUGUUUUGCAGAGAGAGAAGACUCUGUGAAUAUAACUUGUGUUCAGGUCCUAAAUGUGCACUUAAACCAUCAGAUUCUUUUUUAAAUUUAUAUCUUAAAUACUCUAAUUUCAAAAUAUGCAGUCAGCCUAUAUCUCAGCAUUUCCUUCACGGGUGAUAAAACUAAAUGAUUUUAAUGUGCAGAUUAUUGUACGAUAUUAUACGUUAGGAGUUUAAUCUGACAGGACAAGGGCACAGUGAAGACCUGAAAACAAGUUAUAUACACAGAGGCUUUUAUGUCUGCUAAACAGCCUCGUCCUGCAUCAGGAAAGUAACAGUUAAAACAAGCAAAGAUCUAAUUGAACAUGGAUGAAGUGUCAGAAAGAAGAAAACCCUGAAUUUGUCAAAAAAGAAGCCUGUUAAAUAUGUAUGAUUGUUUAAAAUAAAUACACAAUACAGAGGAUUGUUUAUAAAGUUCCUAAAAAUAUGAGGAAAAUUCAUCUGAUGCAGUUAUCACAUUCACUAUUUGGGUUAAUUGUACAAUUUACUGUUAUUAUCAUGCAUUGAAUAUAUGAAAUAUCCAUAACGUGUCACCUAGUCAGAGGUGUUUUCCAUCAUUCACUGUACUCAGUCAUAGAAACAGCGUCCCUUAAAGGAAAAAGGUUUGGAUCCACUGCCACAGAGUAAAGUACCAGUUUUACAUUCAGUCGUAUUUUAAGACCUUUGCAGCUAAAUUUUGUUUCCAUGAAGUGAAAACUUGAAUUCUUGUGUGCAUUCAUGUCAGGAGAGUUUCUGUGGUCUGCACACUGCUUCAGAAAGCUUUCAGCUCUGAGGAGAAAAGAUUUCCGGCGGAAACAAAAUCCCAGACCGGAGGAUGAACUAAAAACAACCACUAAAAAAAGACAUCUGCAUGCUUACGGCAUAAACUCUCUGGUCAAGAGGCCAAAAUGUGACCAGAAUUCUAGUCAACAGAGCUCUUAAAUGGCGAUAAUAAUGUAGGUGAAGUGUGUGUGUAGGGAAACACAGACCUUCAGUAUGAAGCUGGACUGGUGAUGGUGUGCUGCAGCUUCAUGUUGACACACAGCUGGACUCCUAUAAGCUGGAAUAGAACAGAAAAAAACUAUUAGAAAGUUCAGAGUAGUGAUAUUUAAAGAUUGGUGCUAGCUAAUACACAAAGGUACUGUUUCUCUGAAUGUACUCUGGCCAACCCAAAACUACACGACAUGCACAGGUGUCUGUGAUAUUAACCCACAACCACUGACUGCUAUUAGGAAGUGCUGCUGUGACAUGCAGGCACAAGCUGAGCUGGGUUCAGCUUCAUGCUCUGCAGACACUGCAGCGCUCCUGCGUCAGACGUUUGGUGUUUGAUGCUCUGAAACCACAGCACCAAGACAAAGUGCUUCUCUUUCUGCUUAUCAGUGUGAUCUUUCACAUUUUCACUGCUGAGAACCUAAAACAGAUGGAUUUGCUUCAGAGGGCAACAGUAUAUUAACUUUUAGUACCCAAUUUUAUUUUUUUAUGUUUUGUUUUUAAUGCUGAAUCUCUAAAGCCUGAAUGUACGACAGUUGAAAGCACAAUGUUGAGUUAACUGCGAGGCCAAACUGUGGCUCACACUUGAUCCUUGUCACUGAAUCGCCCAUUAAAUGUAACUGGCAUUUCAAA